AAUUUCAUAGUGAAAUAUUGUCCAGAAGAAGGUGACAAAAUAUCAUGGACAAGGACACUAUUUCAUAAUAAAAUACUGUCAGUGGACAAUAUUCUAUAUGACAUUUUGUCCGAAAGACAAUAUUUCAUGGGGGACAAUAUUUUAUGUUACAGACAUUUGUGAAAAGAAGACACGAAUUCAAACUAAAACUGUUGAGUUCAACUUCAAAAUAUUCUCUUGUGUCACGUGUAAAAAACAAUUCAGAAGUAAAGAAAAUUUAAAGACACACAUGAAAAGACAUCACGGAUUAAAGCCUAACAUAUGUGAUAUAUGUAAUAAGAGUUUCAUGGGCAGAGGCGACUUGAAAAAGCACAUGCGAAUACACAGUGGCGAUAAACCUUACAGCUGCGAUAUUUGUGGAAGAACAUUUAGUUUUUAAGGAGAAAACAAAUCCGACCAUCAUUUGAGUGUAGUACCCAGGGUUGCAUUCCAUCUAGGGAUGUGUCCUAUGUGAGCCAGCAUAUCCAGAAUUGAAUCAGCAUAUCCAGAAUUUAGCACACAUAACAGCAUAUAAGAUUUAAGGAGAUUGUACUGAUCGGGAGUAACAUUUAAACAAUUGAAAAUACAAGAAGAGUGUACUAGAUUUUACCGACAAUGGACGAAGACAAAUCAACAGACGACAUUUCCAAAUAUGAAAUUGACAUGAAAUCAACAAGUCUUAUAAAAGCCGUGGAAGAAAAAGCAACCAAUGGUUCUUCCGAAAUUAGAGAGCUAGAAAAUGAAACCAAAGUAGUAGAUUCGAGAGACAAACCAUUCUCUUGUUUCACGUGUAAUAAGAGUUUUCGUACUAAACAAAGUCUAAAUGGACAUGUGAAAAGACAUGACGGAAUUAAGCCUCACGUCUGUGAAGUGUGCCAUAAGCGUUUUGUUGACAAAGGCGACUUGAAAAAGCAUCUACGAAUACACAGUGGGGAGAAACCUUACAUCUGUAAUAUUUGUGGCAGAGCAUUUAGAUUUCCAAGUAGUCGUGCGUCUCAUAUGAAAAGACAUAAAGGUACCAAAGAACAUCGCUGUGACGUAUGUGGUUCAAGUUUUACAGACAAGGGUGAUUUGACAAAGCAUAUGAGAAGAAAACAUGGCGAUAAGAGACCAUAUAGCUGUACUAUAUGUGGUAAAGACUUCAAAUACCCCAACUAUCUGGUAAUACACAUGAGAAUACAUACGAAGGAGCGACCUCAUAGUUGUGAGAUAUGUUAUAAAAGCUUUAGAGAACAACUUACUUUAAAAUAUCACAUGAAAAUACAUACCGGUGACAGACCAUAUAAAUGCGUUGUGUGUGAAAAAAGCUUUGCGUAUAACACAAGCAUGAAACUCCAUAUGCGAACACACAAUUCUGAGGUACCCACUAGACCUUAUAAAUGUGAGGUAUGUGAAAGCAGAUUUAUAACGAAAGGGGAUCUAGCGAAACACAUUAAGAUACACAGUGACAAAAACCCAUACUGCUGUUCAAUAUGUUGUAAAUGUUUUAAGAUGAAAAGCUAUUUAACAACUCACAUGAGAACACAUAAUGAGGAAAAAACACACGGAUGUCCUACAUGCGGUAAACAUUUUAGAUAUAAAGGACAACUUUCAAAACACAUGAUUUAUCAUAAUGAUGAAAAAAAAUAUCGUUGUGAAAUAUGUGGUAGAUGUUUUAAACUUGUCAGCUAUUUGAAGGAACACAUGGAAACACAUACGGGUUAUGAUAAACCACAUGAAUGUGAUGUAUGUGGUAAAAGAUUCAGGAAGACUCAUUUUCUUACGAUUCAUAUGAGGACCCAUACUGACGAGAAACCUUACAAAUGCAUCGUGUGUGGUAAGACGUUUAGACAAAACAGUAACCUGAACACACACUUGAAAACACAUACGGGCAAUCGAUAUCAUAAGUGCGAUAUGUGCGAUAAAACUUUUAACUCUCCGGGAGCACUGUCUUCUCAUAUGAUGGUACAUACGGGUGAGAAACCUUUUACUUGUGAAACGUGUGGUAAAGGUUUUACUCAAAAAAAACACCUGACUUCUCACAUGAACAUACAUUCUGAUUAUAAGGCUUUUGAUUGUGAAACUUGCGGUAAAAGUUUCCGGUUAAAAAACCAUUUAGUAAGCCACAUGAGAACACACACAGGUGAAAAACCUUUUAAGUGUACUGAAUGUGGUAAAAGUUUUGCUGAAAAUGGGGCUUUAACAGUACAUAAGAGAACACAUACCGGCGAAACACCAUACGAAUGUGAAAUAUGUGACAAAAAAUUCUCACAUUUAAGUAAUUUACAAAGGCACGUUAAAAAUACCCAUAAUGGUGAGAAACGCUUUCCUUGUGAUUCGUGCGAUAGAGCUUUCGGAGACAACACUCAGUUAAAGAGACACAUGAGAACACACACGGGCGAAAGGCCAUUCAAGUGCGAAACUUGUGGUAAGACAUAUAAAGAUACUGGUGCAUUGAAGCGACACAAAGGAACACAUACGGGCAUUAAACCGUAUAGCUGUGAUACAUGUGAUAAACAGUUUUUAACUGGAUAUGAGUUGACUAUUCACCAGAGAAUACACACCGGUUAUAAGCCAUACACGUGUGACAUAUGUGGAAAAGGAUUUAAUCAAAAAACGCGUUACAGAGAUCAUACAAAGAAAGACUGCAUUGAGAUCUGAUAUUUCAUCAAAGAAUUUCAUAAUAUAAUAAGUAUUUAGAUGAGACUUUUAUUGAAAGUUAUAGACUAAAGAUGGCACCUAAUGUUAAUAUUUUUGUUCAAUCGUUUGUAUAUACAAAGUAUCUUUAAUUGCUGCGUUUAUAAGGAAUGAAAAAUAAAUAAAGCACUGUAUUUCGUA